CCGAUGUCACAGAAAGGCCAAAAAGAUCAUCAAGGACAACAACCACCCGAGCCACUGCCUGUUCACCACGCUGCCAUCCAGAAGGCAAGGAAAACCCUUACAGAAUCACCCACCACAACAGGACCAAGCGGCGUGGUAACGGGCAACAGCAAAAGCAGCAGCAGGAGAAGCAACAGAGGCAGCAGGAGCAGCAGCAGCAGCAGUGGGAGAGGCUGCACUAUUUGGAGGAAUGGACAUGGGAGGAAGAAUUGGAAGGUAAAGGACCCUGGGCACAGCCUGGAGAAUAUCGCCGCCCCAAAGAAGAGCUAGAGGCGGCGACGGCGGAGAGGCGCUGGUAUGAGGAGGCAGCACGGCGGCGUGGAUGGAAGCCCAAGAGUCAGCCCCAAAAAUGUAUUGGGGGGGGGGGCACACAGGAAGUGUGGUGAAGCCAGGUAGGAGACCUGCGCCAACUUCCUGUGCUUACCGGGGGGCUGGAGAGACCGGGCAGGCACCGUGUUAUGCUGUGAAGCGCACUUUGUCCCCAGUGCGGGUGCAUAGCCCGGUGCGGUACAUUCCAGCUCCGCGUAUCGGCCGGGCUAGAGUGGGCAUCGAGCCAAGUGCCAUGAAGCCGGCUCUACGCAUCUGGUCUCCAGUGCGUCUCCUUGGGCCGGCUUACAUGGCACCAGCCUUGCGCACGGUGUCCCCGGUUCGCCUGCAUAGCCCAGUGCGGGCUAUUCCACCUCGCCGCACUGGCAGGGCGACCGGGACCAUUCAACCGGGUAAGGUUGGGCAGGCUCGGUGCUCAAGAGCUCCAGUGCGCCUGCACGGUCCGGUCUAUCCGUCACCACCUCCACGCACCAGCCCUCCAGUGGCAGCCCCCCGCACCAGGCUGUCUCUCCGGCUCAUCCUUACAGAGUCUCCCGCCUGUCCGGCGCUGCUGCCGGAGUCUCCCGCCUGUCCGGCGCUGCUGCCGGAGUCUCCCGCCUGUCCGGCGCUGCUGCCGGAGUCUCCCGCCUGUCCGGCGCUGCUGCCGGAGUCUCCCGCCUGUCCGGCGCUGCUGCCGGAGUCUCCCGCCUGUCCGGCGCUGCUGCCGGAGUCUCCCGCCUGUCCGGCGCUGCUGCCGGAGUCUCCCGCCUGUCCGGCGCUGCUGCCGGAGUCUGAGGCGCCAGAGCCCCUCUGUCCCGAGCUUCUGCCCCUCUGUCCAGUGGGGUCAUUGAGAAGGGUGGCCAUGGUUAGAAAACCACGGAGGCGGAUAAUAAAGCGGACUAAGAAAAUGGUGAAGUGGGGUCCGCGUCCCGCGCCAGAGCCGCCACCGCGGACAGACGCCCACCCAGACCCUCCCCUAUAGGUUAAGGUUUUGCGGCCGGAGUCCGCACCUUUGGGGGGGGGGGGGUACUGUCACGUUCUGACCUUUAUUUCCUUUGUUUUGUAUUUAUUUAGUAUGGUCAGGGCGUGAGUUGGGUGGGCAGUCUGUUUUUCUAUGUUUCGGCCUAGUAGGGUUCUCAAUCAGAGGCAGGUGUCAUUAGUGUUCUCUGAUUGAGAAUCAUACUUAGGUAGCCUGGGUUUCACUGUGUGUUUGUGGGUGAUUGUUCCUGUCUCUGUGUUUUGCACCAGAUAGGGCUGUUUUUGGUUUUCCACGUUUAUUGUUUUGUAGUGUUCAUAUUUAUCUGUUUUUAUUAAACAUGACUCAAUAUAUCCA